GUUGUCUAACUGACAAUCCUGUUUCCGAUUGUCGAAUUAACUGUUAAAUUAGGAGCUUUUUCUGGCGAGAGCAAUACCAACACGCAACAGACUGUGAAUCUGUAUUCUGGACAAGACGCUAAACUACAAUGCGUGCCCCAACAUUGGCGUGUUUGGUCGUAGUGACUUUCGUCGUGUGGGUGAAUGCGCACUCCACCCACAGCCCACCCAGACGAGGUCACAACUCGCGAGUACAGAAAAGCGCAGGUUCCAACAGUCUAGAUGGGCAGAGGCCGCUGAAUGGUCAUCGCCAGCGUUCGGGGAGACCGGUUCGUGCUGGGCAUUUUGGGUCCAAGCGGACAGUAGACGACACCAGGCUCGACUAUCACUGCGACUUCAGGACUGAUGCUGAUUGCUUCCGUUGUGUUUUCCCUGAGUUUGCCGGCGAAGGUGUGCCUAAUGAAUUUAAGAGAGAUGCGUGGGAAGACUGUAGUGACGGAUCUGAUGAAUGGGGCUAUAACUUUGAUGGAGUAUCCGGUUUUGAUUACUCUUGCUACAGCACGGGAGAUUUGGUAGACAUGGAUUACACAUGUGAUAAUCAUGAUGACUGCCCAGACGGUUCGGAUGAGUACUGCUUCCGAAGUAAAACGGGAGAGCUGGACUUCUGUAACGGGGACUGUCAGUACGAUGUCUUAUAUGAACUGGUCUGUGACAACGUAGUCGACAGCUACAACGGAAGGGACGAAAUCGAUUGUUUCCAAUGUGAAGACCGUAGGUGGAAGGUGUGGUCAGGGUAUGUGUGCGAUAAUUACAAAGACUGCUCUGACGGAAGUGAUGAGGUGUCAUGUGGAGCUAUUACCCAAUCAGCCGAGACCACUCCAGCACUACCUCCACCCCCAGAGCCAUCCAGCUGCCAGUGGGGUGAAUGGAGUGACUGGUCGGAUUGCAGUAACGCGUGUGGGGCGGGUACUCGCAGCAUGGUCAGGCAAUGCGUGUGCCAUACGAGCAGCUGCACGACCAAGGCAGACGAGACCAAAGUGGAGAAAUGCCAUGGCUCUAGUUGCCCCAAUGAAGCCUUUUCAGGAUGCGGUACUCGCAAUAGUGCAGUAACUCAAGGGCGUAUCGUUGGGGGAAAAGAUGCGAAGGAGGGCGAAUGGCCAUGGCAGGCCCAGCUACUGUUCGACGGGGGCUUCAAAUGUGGCGGCACGCUGUAUCAAGAUAGAUACGUCAUCAGUGCGGCUCAUUGUUUCGAAGAUGAAAAGGAUAACCCCAAUAGGUGGGAAGUUCGCCUCGGAAAUCUUGGCACGUAUGACCGCUUUGGACCAGGCAUACACAAGAGCAACGUGGUUAAUAUCCUCCGACCACCAAACCAGCCGUACGGCCGUCUGACAUUUGACAACGACAUUGUCGUCCUUGUGCUGUCCACCCCUGUGGACCUAUCCAACAGCGCCAUCAACAGUGUGUGCAUUGAUUUGCCCAUGGAAAAGACAUUCAGUUCCUCCUCCAACUGUUACAUUUCGGGAUUUGGAUUGACUGAAGAAGGCGGCUCUGUUGCCAGCAAACUCCAGGCAGCUUAUGUGCCUUUCAUCAGCGCUCAGGCCUGCAGGGAGUACUACGGCUACUCCAUCACCCAGAACAUGUUGUGCGCAGGGUAUCCGGGUCUUGGAGGGACAGACUCCUGUCAGGGCGACUCGGGCGGCCCUUUUGUCUGUACAGCACCCGAUGACCCCUCCGACCCGCAGUCCCCACAUCGUUGGUAUCUGGUAGGCAUCACAAGCUGGGGAAUCGGCUGUGCCCAGGUCGGCAUCCCCGGAGUCUAUGCUGACGUGUCCCAGUUUGUGGACUGGUUGAAGGUUGUACUUGUUUAAGCACUGCGUACUUAUUAGCGAGACCUCGGGCUCGGAGAUAGGUUGGUUGGCAGGGGUGGAGGAAUUCCCCCAGCCAGUCAUAUCCAAGUUGCUCGCUGUACGUCUUCCAAGUGUUGACUAACGUAUUCCAUAAGAGUAAUGUCUAGACCAGUUGGCUACGUAGAGGCAUAUUUGAUCAUGCCACUUAAUUGAGUUAUUAUUCAAAAAUUUUUUGCUGUCAUUUAUUCACAUAUUUAUUAGUGUAAUCAAUGCAUGUAUUCGUAACUGCAUUUGCCAAACUUUUUAGUGUUAUUUAUAUCAAGAUUGUUUGCUUUUCAUGAGCACUUAUUUAUUUUGUUAAUGUUUUUAUUUAUUGCAUGGAUUUUUUUCUUGAUAGCACUUUAACAUAAAUUUAUUAUCCAGAUAUGGCCAUUAUUUUGUUUUUCCAAAUUUUAUACACGUAUUCAUUUUUUUGUGAUGGUUUAUUGUUAAUGUUUUUUGUUAUUGAUUUGUUCCACUCUUUGCUUUUUUAAUUUAUUCAUGCAUGUUGUUUAUGAUGCAUUGUUCACAGACCCCGAAUGUUCUCGCCUAGUUAGGCCUACAAAGUUGAAAAUAAAAGAUCACAACAGCUUGCAGAAUCUCA